GAACUGGAAAGAGCGGCUCUGGAAGCGGAGGAGGCUGAACGCCUGCUGGGUUUUGACGGGCCGUACGUGGACAGGGCCUCGACGGAACCGCCUAUGGCUGGCGCAGCCCGCACACUUCAUCAGGAGGCUGAAGAGUCGGAGCACGAUUGCGAAGCGGCUGACCCCGUGGUGGACCCGAACAGGAGGGAUGCAGUGGAGCCAGGACCGGUCGCGGCUGAGAUGGCAGCCGAAGAGGGCUCGGAGACCUCCUCGCCUUUGUCUCCCUCCAGUGACUUCGGCUUUGGCCCAGCUACCAAGGACUAG